UGCAGAGUGUGGCCACAAAUAAGGGACCAAAAUGACUGACUCAAAGUAUUUCACCACGACCAAGAAAGAUCAUCAAGUUCUUGAGAACAGUUCAUGACAUGCUAGAGACCUCGUGGAGUAGCUGAAUCCCCAUUUUCAGAGCUGAGCAACCACUUUUGGCUCAGGAAGUGAAACCCUGACCAAGCUCUUGUAACCAGAGGUUCUAGGAAAACAGGAAAAGCCUACGUGUGGGUAUCGAUCCAAUCCUGCCCUCUCCCCACAAACCUAAAGUGCCCAGAUUCCAUCACAAUCGCCCUUGAGGACCUUGGGCUGAGUGAGGGUAGCUGAUGAGAGCCUUGCCUUCCUCUGGGUUUUUAGCAGUCUGGCUGAGCAGGACCUGCCAUUCCCACUCUUCAUCUCCCUCAGAAACUUUGUAGCUUCCACGGUUCCUGUCUCUUCAAUCCAGCGUGGCCUUCAAACUUCCAUCUUGAUAAUUCCUCUCUUAACAGUAGUCCUUCACUGUUGCCUGUCCCACCUGAGGCCAGGGGCCUGAAGUUGCCUUUAGCCGGCAGUGUGAGGGGAGAUCUUCGAGCUGAAGGCAGAGCUCAACAGUGACAAGAAGGAGAAGAAGAAGGAGGCAGUGAAAAAAGUGAUUGCGUCAAUGACCGUGGGCAAAGAUGUCAGUGCCCUCUUCCCCGAUGUGGUGAACUGUAUGCAGACAGACAACCUGGAGCUAAAGAAGCUGGUGUACCUGUACUUGAUGAAUUAUGCCAAGAGCCAGCCUGACAUGGCCAUUAUGGCUGUCAACACCUUUGUGAAGGACUGUGAGGACCCUAACCCCCUUAUUCGAGCUUUGGCUGUGCGGACCAUGGGCUGCAUCCGUGUUGACAAGAUCACAGAGUACCUGUGCGAACCACUCCGGAAGUGCCUGAAGGAUGAGGAUCCAUACGUUCGCAAGACAGCCGCUGUGUGCGUGGCCAAGCUCCAUGACAUCAACGCCCAGCUGGUAGAGGACCAGGGCUUCCUGGACACCCUUAAAGACCUCAUCUCAGACUCUAACCCCAUGGUGGUAGCGAAUGCAGUGGCCGCCCUGUCGGAGAUCGCCGAGUCUCACCCUAGUAGCAACCUGCUCGACUUGAACCCACAGUCCAUUAAUAAGCUGCUGACAGCCCUAAAUGAGUGCACCGAGUGGGGCCAGAUCUUCAUUCUCGACUGCCUGGCCAACUAUACGCCCAAGGAUGACCGUGAGGCCCAGAGCAUCUGUGAGCGGGUCACCCCCAGGCUCUCGCAUGCCAACUCUGCUGUGGUGCUCUCUGCUGUGAAGGUGCUGAUGAAGUUCAUGGAGAUGUUGUCUAAGGACCUGGACUACUAUGGCACACUGCUCAAGAAGCUGGCCCCACCCCUGGUCACGCUGCUGUCAGCCGAGCCAGAACUGCAGUAUGUGGCCCUGCGCAACAUCAACCUCAUCGUGCAGAAAAGGCCUGAGAUCCUGAAGCAUGAGAUGAAGGUCUUCUUCGUGAAGUACAACGACCCCAUCUACGUGAAGCUGGAGAAACUAGACAUCAUGAUCCGCCUGGCCUCCCAGGCCAACAUCGCCCAGGUGUUGGCAGAGCUGAAAGAGUACGCGACAGAAGUGGACGUGGACUUUGUUCGGAAAGCUGUGCGCGCCAUUGGCCGCUGUGCCAUCAAGGUGGAGCAAUCUGCAGAGCGUUGUGUGAGCACGCUGCUCGAUCUCAUCCAGACCAAGGUCAACUAUGUGGUCCAGGAAGCCAUUGUGGUUAUUAAGGACAUCUUCCGCAAGUACCCCAACAAGUAUGAGAGCGUGAUCGCCACACUGUGUGAGAACCUGGACUCCCUGGAUGAGCCUGAGGCGCGGGCUGCCAUGAUCUGGAUCGUGGGCGAGUACGCUGAGCGCAUCGACAAUGCCGACGAGCUGCUGGAGAGCUUCCUCGAGGGCUUCCACGACGAGAGCACCCAGGUCCAGCUGCAGCUGCUGACAGCCAUCGUGAAACUCUUUCUGAAGAAGCCAACAGAGACCCAGGAGCUCGUGCAGCAGGUCCUCAGUUUGGCCACUCAGGACUCAGAUAACCCAGACCUGCGGGAUCGGGGCUACAUCUACUGGCGCCUGCUCUCCACAGACCCUGUGGCAGCCAAGGAGGUGGUGUUGGCUGAGAAGCCACUCAUCUCGGAAGAGACGGACCUCAUCGAGCCCACGCUGCUAGACGAGCUCAUCUGCUACAUCGGCACACUGGCCUCCGUCUACCAUAAACCACCCAGCGCCUUUGUGGAGGGGGGCCGGGGCGUUGUGCACAAGAGCCUGCCACCCCGCACUGCCUCGAGUGAGAGCACAGAGAGCCCUGAGACAGCCCCUGCUGGAGCACCCCCUGGCGAGCAGCCAGAUGUCAUCCCUGCCCAGGGUGACCUGCUGGGUGACCUUCUGAACCUGGACCUCGGUCCCCCAGUGAGUGGCCCGCCCCUGGCCACCACCUCAGUGCAGAUGGGAGCUGUGGACCUUCUUGGCGGUGGCCUUGAUAGCCUGAUUGGGGGCCCCAACUUUGUGGCACCCCCAGCAGCAGCAGUACCAGCCAGCCUAGGCACACCCAUUGGCAGUGGCCUGAGUGACCUCUUUGACCUGACCAGUGGUGUGGGCUCCCUGUCAGGAUCGUACGUGGCCCCCAAAGCAGUCUGGCUCCCGGCCAUGAAGGCCAAGGGGCUGGAGAUCUCGGGCACCUUCACCCGCCAGGUGGGCUCCAUCUCCAUGGACCUGCAGCUGACCAACAAGGCCCUGCAAGUCAUGACCGACUUUGCCAUCCAGUUCAACCGCAACAGCUUUGGCCUGGCCCCCGCCGCCCCGCUCCAGGUCCACGCGCCGCUCAGCCCCAACCAAACUGUGGAGAUCUCCCUGCCCCUCAACACAGUGGGCUCUGUCAUGAAGAUGGAGCCUCUGAACAACCUCCAGGUGGCCGUGAAGAACAACAUUGACGUCUUCUACUUCAGCACCUUGUACCCACUGCACAUCCUCUUUGUGGAGGAUGGGAAGAUGGACCGGCAAAUGUUCCUGGCCACGUGGAAAGAUAUUCCCAACGAGAAUGAAGCCCAGUUCCAGAUCAGAGACUGCCCCCUCAAUGCAGAGGCUGUGAGCAGCAAGCUGCAGAGCAGCAACAUCUUCACCAUCGCCAAGAGGAACGUGGAGGGCCAGGACAUGCUCUACCAGUCCCUGAAACUGACCAACGGCAUCUGGGUGCUGGCGGAGCUGCGGAUCCAGCCAGGCAACCCCAGCUUCACGGACUUGGAGGUCUCCUGUCUGCACCUCGUCCCUUGCCUUCGCCUCGCCCACUGCUCCCAAAGCUGCCGACGCCACGACACUUUCGGCCAGGUGGCCCUCAUGGAGCCUCUGAUGCCCCCGCUCGCACAUGUCCUCAGCGCACAGAGCCCUUCCAGGGAGACCCAGGGGACCCUGUGGGGCCACUGCUGCUGCCUUCCGGAACUCCAUUUCCCCCUUCCUAACCGCACCCUUCAGAACCAGUGAUUUGGGGUGGACAGCGUGGGUGGCUUCUCUCUCCACUGCCUGUGUUCUCAAGCUCAGACCUCAGAGCGGAGGCAGAGUCUUUAAUGUACCUGCUUCCUACGCAGCAAACCUGGAGUAACCCCAGCACCCCUCACCGGCUCUCCCAGCCCUCUGUGCCCCUCAGGAUUUCCUGUCAGGCUUCGGUCUUCAGGACCCCGGACGACCCCGGACGUCUGAGGGCUGUAGGGGGCCGGGCAGGCCUGCAGGGCGGGGCCAGGUACUCCCCGGCAGCCUCUGACUUGUGACUCAUGCUGCUUGCCAGUGGGGCUCUGGUGGCUGUGCUGACAGCAGGUGUGUGGGCUGCAAGUAUAUUCGGUCCUCCCCCUCUGCUGUACCUCACAUCUGCCCCAGCCUCAGCUGCCGCCCGGCCACGUAUGCACACCACCCUCUUCCAUCUGGUUCCCGCUCUGUUUUCCCUCCCCUCCCCUUCUCUCCAGAGAGGAGCCCCAGGGAUGAGUGCUCUCUUCCCCCAACCCCACUCUCCCC